GCCCCCUAGCCUGUUAGAGCCGCCACGCUCGGCCCAGUAACCUGUCCUAGCAGCAGCGCUGGGCCCAGAGAUUUACUUACCCUAACCUUACCUUGAAAGUAACAAAAUUUAAAGAUGGGGGAGGGUCCAAAAAGUGUUCUCUAGGUCCAACCCAGCAUAGUAAUAUAAGUCUAAAAUUACAAGAUUUUUCCUUUUAGAAUGUCAUCCACUGGUCGUCCUAUGGAAGAAUUUUCCAUGGCUUUUGUUACUGCCCCUACUGCAGAUAAAGCUAAGGAACUUGCUUCUGGGAUUGUUAGUGGUAAACUAGCGGCUUGUGUUAAUAUUAUUCCUGGAAUUACAUCUGUUUACGAGUGGCAGGGGAAGAUAGAAGAAGACUCUGAGGUUUUGAUGAUGAUUAAAACAAGAACAACUAGUAUUCCAGAACUCACUGAAUACGUUAGGAAGAAUCAUCCCUACGAUGUAUGUGAAGUAAUCACAACGUCUAUUGAAGGAGGAAAUCAAGCUUAUCUAGACUGGAUUGCAAAAACUGUUCCAGAAAAGUGUGAAAAAUAGAAUUUAUUUAGUUUACAUUUUUUCCAUCGUUUUUUUUACAUCCCAGAGUGAAGAGUUGUGCAGAACGAGAUCUGAAAAAAAUCAGUUUAUUAAAAGUUUAUAAUAAAAUAUAUUUCAGAA